AUGAAGCUCUCCGUCGCCAUCGCCGCACUGCUCCCCCUCCUCUCCUCCGCCCACACCAUCGCCCAGCGCGUCCGGUACGCGUGCACCCAUGGUUCGUGUCUACGCUCGACUAACCACGCACAGCGUCAACGGCGCGGACAACGGCGAAGCAGUCGGGAUCCGAACCGCGCAGUCCAACUACCCGAUCCAGAACGUCAACGACGGCAACAUUGCGUGCAACUCCAACUUCAAGCAGCCCGUGUCGACCAAGGUCAUCCCCGUCAAGGGCGGUGAUCGCGUGGGUGUGCUCUGGGGCCAUGUCAUUGGCGGCGCGCAGUUUUCAGGCGAUCCCGACCAUCCGAUUGCGAAGAGCCACAAGGGGCCUACCAUUUUCUACAUGGCCAAAGUGUCCAACGCAGCAACAGCGUCGCCCUCCGGACUCAAGUGGUUCAAAGUGGCUGAAGAUGGCCUCGACGGCUCGGGCCAAUGGGGCGUCGACAGGAUGAUCAGCAACAACGGGUGGGUCGACUUCACGCUGCCGUCGUGCCUCGCGGCAGGUGAUUAUCUGCUGCGCGCCGAGAUCAUCGCACUGCACUCUGCGAGUAAGAGUGGGGAGGCGCAGUUUUACAUGGGCUGUGCGCAACUCAAAGUCUCGGGCUCGGGAUCCAGCAGCGGAGGCCAGACGGUCAGCUUUCCGGGUGCUUAUUCGGCGAAUGAUGCGGGUAUCCUGGUCAGCAUCUAUAAUAGCCAGGGCCAGCCUGUGGGGAGUGGAACGCCGUAUAAGAUUCCGGGACCGGCUGUGUUGAAGUGUUGA